GCGGGGAAAGAUGUCGGAGCGGGCGGGGAGCAGGGUGGCCGCCGCCGCCGCCGUGGCCGCCAGCGAGAAGCGGCGGCAGCAGCUGCAGCGCUGGAGGGGUUCCUGCACCGAUCUGGAGGCGGGCGAGCCGCGGUGGCGGGCGCGGCCCGGGGCGGCGGGCUGCAGCCCGAGGCGGGUGAGGUUCGAGGCGGCGGCCGAGUUCCUGGCGGCCUGUGCGAGCGGAGACGCGGCGGAGGCGGGGGAGAUGCUGCGGGGCGGCGCCGACGUCAACGGCGCCAACGCGGACGGCAUCAGCGCCCUGCACCAGGCUUGCAUUGAUGAAAACUUGGAAAUGGUGGAGUUCCUGCUGGCGCAGAAUGCCAAUGUUGACCAGUCGGAUAAUGAGGGAUGGACACCGCUCCACGUGGCUGUAUCUUGCGGCUACUCUGAAAUUGUUGAAUGUUUAAUCAACCAUGGUGCCAACAUUGCUGCUGUGAACAGCGAUGGUCAGUUGCCAAUUGAUCUUGCAGAAGAGGACUACAUGGAGAACCUGCUGCAGGCUGAGAUUACUAAACAGGGGAUUGAUGUAGAGUCUGCAAGGCGUGAGGAGGAGGAAUUGAUGCUGCAACAUGCCAGGCAGUGGCUAAAUAGUGGCAAGAUUGAAGAUGUAUCUCACCCGAAAACUGGUGCUAACGCCCUCCAUGUUGCUGCAGCCAAAGGCUACAUAGAGGUGAUGAGAUUACUCCUUCAGGCAGGUUUCAGUGUCACUGCACAGGACAAGGAUGGCUGGACCCCACUGCAUGCUGCUGCACACUGGGGAAUGGAGGAUUCUUGCAAACUUCUCGUGGAGCAUUUCUGUGACAUGGAAGCACUAAAUAAUUCGGGUCAGACACCAUUUGAUGUUGCAGACGAAGAUAUUUUGGGAUUACUCGAGGAUCUACAGAAGAAGCAGGAUGAUCUGAGGACUGAGAAAGAGGAAAAGAUGAAGCGUGCCAUCAUCGAAACAUCCACACAGCAGCAGCAACAGUCGACCAAACCAAGGAAGAGUUCUGUGUGCCGGAUGAGCAGUAGGGAGAAGAUUUCAGUGCAGGAUCUGUCAAAGGAACGCAAAACCUUGGAGACGUUGCCUUUGGAUGAAAACAAGAAAGAGGAAUCCAGCAGCUCGAGUUCAGAGACUGAAGAAGCCUCUGAGUCUGACUCGGAGUGUGAAACUGCAAAAAAGAAGAAACCUGUCCUCGAUGCCAAUAAUGUAAAUGGCACUGAAGCUUUGCCACUCAUUCCUCCUGUUACACUAGCACCAGCAACCCUAAAGUAUACUGAACCGUCAGCAAAGCCAACUGUCAAGCAAGAAGCCCCUUCUGCUUGGCACACAGAACUUCGGAAAACGAGUAGUUAUGUCGCAUUACAAGAUGCACAAAUCAUCUCUGAGAAGACUCCAUUGACCAGUAUCAAGCGCUCUGCCUCCACUCCGCGGCUAGGUUUAGAUAAGAAGGGCAAAGAUGUGCCGGAAACCAGGCUGGCUAGAGUGCCUCCAACUCCAAUCGGAAGGUCAUUCAGUGUGCCAGAGACUUGUGCUGAACACACAGUAAGCUCUACGUACCAGCAAGGUAAAGAACCAAGCUCCCAGAUCCAGAAGGACUUGUCAAUCACCCAACAAGGGGAAACCACUGUUCCAACAAGCAAUAUAGACUUUAAAGAGAGGCGCAGAUUGUACCUUACCCCAGUGCGUGAUGAUGAAUCAGAAUCCCAAAGAAAGGCACGGUCACGGCACGCUCGACAGUCCAGGCGAUCGACGCAGGGUGUUACUCUCACUGAUCUAAAGGAGGCGGAGAAGACACUCGGUAUUUCUACUGAGAAGAAAACCCAAGACCAGCUGGAAAGGAGGGAAGAAGUGAAAGAGAACGAUGGCAAGAAAGAAAGGAGUUCAGUGACUGAGGACAAGGAUGUGGGUAGUCGACUGAGACCCUUUGCCACGGAUACGGUUAACUCUGCCUCAUCACUUGCUCCUGUGCACUCCAGAUAUUAUGUUCCUGCAGCUUCACUUCAGGUCUCCAAUAAAGAUGCAGAAUUGGAAAGUGGCAAAAAGGAAGAAGGGGAUGGCGACAAUAGCAGUCGGAAUCGGAUAUCUGUGCGAGAUCGACGGAAAGCCAGGAAAGAACGCCGGUUUACUGGCAAACCAGAUUCCACAGAAGAGGAAGACAGCACAGAACAGAUGAACAGUGUGGAUACUUCAGCACACAGGUGUAGCUCGGUUUCAACUGAUCAGAUGAGUGAUUGGAUUCCGAGCAGAACUGGAACCCCCACCCACCACAGUCCAGGGGUAAUGGCAGACAAUAAUGGUGACUUCAGGAAGAUGUAUGAGAUGGUCUUGUCAGAGAAUGUGAGACUUAAGGAGCAGUUACGAGAUGCACAGUAUUACCUCUCGCAAGCGAAUCACGAGUUGGAGAGGGUAAUAAAGAGACAAGAGCAGCAUGGAGAUCAGCCCGCACAGUUGGAACUGGAGAGAUUUGAGCGAAGGGCGUUUGAAAGGAAGACAGCUGAACUGGAGGAGAGGCUAAAGAUUUUAACAGAUUUAAAAGCGGACAAUCAGAGACUUAAGGAUGAGAACGCAGCACUGAUCCGAGUCAUCAGCAGACUGUCAAAAUAGUGAAGGUGUCGUCGUCCAGUUGACCAGCCUGUGGGAGAGCAGUUGCCAGCACUAUUACCGUAGAGUUGACGCGGUCUGGGUCAAAGGGGAAUAUUUUCAAUGCCAAGUAUCUUUCCACAGCAAAUCCAAAUUACUGUUGGUGGGGGGAUUGAUGGCAGAAGCAGGGAAGAGAAUUUAAACCAGGUUAAUAGCCCAAACGGCUCGGGUGGACAAGACUGGCCAGUGUAGGUUAAACAGAAUGAAGUGCCAACCCUUCUGUCCUAAGCCCCGUUACUUAAUUUUCACACCUAAUUAGUGUGAAGCUUCUUUAUCGGAUCUGAGUAUGUCCAGAAAAUAUAUUUGUGUUCCUGUAAAUGGAAUUUGUACUUCCUUUACUUGUUUGUCUAUACGUGUGCGGGUCAGUUGGACAUAUGUUUCUAUCUCUUGUCCUUUCACUGUGGCCAUUUGGAGAUUACCACUGCCCCUUUCUCCUAGCACCCCACAGAAGUUCCUUGCAAUCUUAAAACUUUAUCCUUCCUUCCAUAAACAUUCCUAAGUUGCAAUUCUAAUAACAAUCACUGUAUAGAAUGUAAAAAGAUUUUGAAUGCCUGUGUGCAGACUUUUUUAAAAGAUAUUAAUGCAGUAUUAAAACUGAGAAGUUAAUGUGAAUGUUAAUAAUUUCAAUUUGAACAGGGGCUAUAUUUUCCCAAUUUAAGCUUGAAUGGGCCAGAAUUGAACUAACCCCAGUAACAUGGUCCUUGUUUAGGAUAUAAUCUUCCCAUGUGAGAUCAGGGGAGGAAAUGUGAAUUAACCUUGUUCACAUCACUUUGCUCUCCACUUUGAAGGGUUAUGCAUUUCCUUACUUGCUUUUCAAUAUCAUUGUGGUGAUGUGUCUCUGUAUUCAGUCUGAAUUUAUGACCUUGGAACAAUUAGUACUCUGUGGGGCCUGUGGAAACCGUGCACUAUUUAAUGUGGCAGCUGCACCUCCGCUGCUUAAAGGUCUUGUAAGUCAACUGCACCUGUGGCAGGGUGAGUUGUACCACAGUAUUGAGCUAAACCCAAGACAUUUUUCCUCUGAUGUGAACGCUUUGCUUGAUUUGGAAUCCAGACCAGUAUGUCUCAAUAUUGAUAAUUUUCAGUGUUUGCAGGUAAUGAGAGUUAGCUCAACUUCUUAAAAAAAAAUCUGUCCCUACUUUACUGGAAACAUGGUGUGGUAACAAUGUGGCUUAUAUAACCAUGGAUGUGUGUUGCUUCAGCGAGUAACUGGUCUCACAGACAAAACCAGUUGACAGGAUCGUCUCUGUCACAACAUUAGCUUUUUAUACUGAUGACCCAAAUGUUAGGCCUGCAAACCUUACUGCAAAGUAGUGCAACGUGGUUUGUAAAUCUGAAUGAUAAUCCAGUGGUUAUAUUUUGCUGGGUAGGGGUAGUAACUAAGACUUUACAGAACAGGUGGUGACAAAGCAGUUAGGACCCAAGUUCCAUCCCACGUGUACCCGUAAUGCAGGGAAGCUAAACAAACGGGGAAGACGAUUGGGGAAACGAACAAUAAAAUCGGUCAUGAGCAUUAACGUCCUGAGGAACAGCAGAAGUCACCAAAAAAAUUACAGAUGCUGGAACUCUGAUCUAAAAACAGAAAAUGCUACAAGUGUCUGUGUGGAGGGAGAGAGUUUACAUUUCUGGUCUUGAUUCUGUGACCCAAGCUGAAAGUGAAUGUCGCCUUUGAGUAUCACUUUUAUCUAAAAGAUUAUCUGCCAGUACCCAAUUGUCUUCUGAUUUUGGAUUUAAUUUUUGCCCCUAUCAUGAAUUCAGAGCAACAAAAAGUGGAGCAGAAUAAUCUGGAAGUAAAGCUGGUUUAUCAGGUACAAUGAAUGUUGGGACUUCAGCCCAGACUUGAUUUUCCACUGUUUUCAUUUUGGUUCCUACAUCUCAAUAUUCCCACCGAGGCAUUCCCAACCAUCGGAGGCAGGUCUGAUCUUUGAAUGUGUUGUAGUUGAAAGGCUUUAGAUUAUUCCUCUGCCAGCUUGCUGUUUGUUGAAUGGUUCUCACCAUUGAAUGGGUGCUGAUUUCUGGAAGGAGAAUGGUGUUUGGUUCAAAUAGUUUGCCUGAUUUUUUUUUCACACCUCCUGAAGCUACUCUCUGCUGUGCGGGACACUGUUACUCAGCCAGUCUGCCCGGGUGUACAAGCUUGUCGAGCACAAUAUGGAUGGGCCAUUCUACUGACACAGUCGGGCUGUAAUGGGUUUGAUAUCGAUCCCCUCCCACACCAUGAGAGCGGUCCUAGGGAUAAUUGCACUGCCCAGUAAAAAUCAGCUAACCCAGUUCCAACCAGGCAGUGGGAUAUUCUGCUCAUAGAUACCACCAGGCAGCUCCGAAGGCUGGAAUGGAAUUGUGCAAAUCACAUUUUGCAACUUUUGAGGACUCUGUUCAAUACAAUGAUUUUUUUUUACUUGAAUCAUUGUUUACCAACCUGAAUGUAAAUUGUGCCUGCUAUGUUUUAACGGUCAUUGUAUCAUGGAGCUUCUGGUUAUUUUACAUGAUCACCAGCAAUAUAACUGGGGGGGCUGCAGGGGGCAUGUGGGUGGCUCUUUUCUAAUGAGGUGAGUAUUAUGUGCACUCAGAGAUUAUUGUAAAGUUAUCAGUGAUGAGCACGAUUUUGUUUGAAGUUUGUAUGACGGUUGGUAGUUCACUUCGGAGUGACCAGGUGCCUUUCCCCUUAUUUUGAGCAUCGUUUAGAUUUUCAUGUAAGUUGUCUUUGUUCACUGGGGUGAGGGUAUUAAUUGUAGGAAGUGAACAUUUCAGCAUCAAAGAUUUGAGGCCGGUGCUGCACCGUGUCAAACGUCCUGUGAUGGAGUUCCAUCCAUCACACCUUUCCAUUUCUCCUGCUAAAUCUGAUGGGCUCUGAGACUGGGGAAUAAUUAGCCGACAUGUGUUGUAGGUCUGUUCUCCAACUUGUUUCCUGUAGGAUGGAGCCAUUCAGUCAGUGGUUCGAGAAUAAUUGUAACCUAAGUGUUGUGGUAGCCACCAGUGGACUUGCUGUGGCGUACACUACCAUCUAGUGGAGGAGCUGUUGUUAAGCACCAUGAGUGUAUAGAUUUAUUUAGGCUUGCACUCACCCAGUACCACAUCUUGUGUCUUUUCCCUCAUCAUCUCUUUAAAUUUCUUCCACUGUCCUGCUGAUACUGACUGUGUGUAGCUACAGCGUCAAGUGUUGCCUGCUGCUUUCAACUUAUGUAAUUGUCUCUGAACUUUACUGACCAAGUCCAGUCACCAUUACAGAAUGCAUGUUCCCCACAACCCUGUCAGGGUUUGCAUUCAGACCCUACAAAGUGCACGGUUCUCGUAUGAAAUCAACUUAAUUCACUUUUCAGAUACUUCAGGCCCUGUGCUGGACUUUCUUACAUUUCAACAUCUUCAGUUUUUAAAGAAAUAUCCCUUGGUUCUGGGAAUCUCCAAACUAAUACCAGAGUUGAUGUUUUUAGUUGCCCUUCCUGUUUCAACAUCUUGCCUGAAGGGUGUUUGGGUGAGAAUGGUUUAUAAUGUCACGUUGUCCUUUCUGUAUUGAUGCAUCAGAGUGCCUGUAAUCACAGCACUGAGGGUAAAACCUAACUUGGUGUGGGGGCAGUGAAUGAGCUGCUGGACUGCAGCAACGUGGAAAACCCUUGUGCAGGCUCUCUUAGGCUUGAUAUUUCAGAUUGAAGUUUCAAGCUAGCUUUUAAAAUUUGCUUUUAUAGCACUUUUAGCUAUCCCUAGUGUUCCAUCAGCCUAAUGCAUUUGGUUUCUCUUAGUGCUUUGAAAUGACAAAUGUUUCCACUGCAUUUCCAGGUCUGGGCAGGUUGCUGUGAGAUUUGACUGCAAAGCUUUUCUCUCGGCAAGGUGCCUCAGCCAGUAUAACCAGAGAAUCUGUUUUGUUGUAUUCUACAAAUAAUGGUCCUGUGAUGUAACAAGAGCCUUAAAGUUUGCAAAAGCAUAUUGUAAUCAUGUCAUGAUAAAUGUUUGUAUGUACUGUUAAAAAGAUAACUGCUCCAUAUGAACUACAGAUACUGACCAGCUGCAAUUCUUUCAGACUACACCCAAUUACACGAUGUGACAUUUCAGGAGGCCUGAGUGUGUCACGAGAGGUUCCACCUACAAAUUAAUUGGCAGAAACCGUGCACACUGCAGGUACCUAUGUGAACGGUGAAUUAUCUUGCCAUAGCUUUUUUUCCUCUCAGAAUACAUCUCAGCCAGCUUUAAAAUAAUUGUUCAAAAAUUUUGAUACCAAAUUGUUUUGAAAAGCCUGGGCUUGUAGCCUGAGGCUCUUUGAUGUAAUACUUGAAAGCAUUUAUUUAAACAAAAGUCCCAGUGACACAAAUUGUAGAUUUGCUAUUAACCCACUACUCCUGAAUUAUUGCAGUAAACUUUUGUGGAACAGUAAACUUUCUCCCAAGGGAAUUUGUAUCAUCCCAGUGCCUUGGGUACUUAAGAUGACAAAUAAAGUCCCACUUAGGACCUGAAGGUUAGAAAAAUCACCUGCAGUGCUUUCUGAACAUUACGGGGUUGGCACACCAUCUUGCUAAUGUGCCAUUGGCCCAGAGUGUUCACAAGGAGUCACAAAAUCCCUUAUCUGUCGGUCCACUCUGAAGUUAUAAUCAUUCCAGAUCAUUGGCUUGGUUUUCCCGCUGCACAUCUCAAGGGUAUUCAGUGAUGCUAUUUUUGUGGAGAACGUUUUGAGGUGAUUUAGCGGAUAUCGUCUUAACUCGAGUUCCAUUGCCAAUUGAGCCGAUGACAAAGACUUUGUGUUGAUGGAGUAGGGACGGCCGGCAUCAAGUGUCACUAAAAGGAUCAUGGCUUCAUCAAAUUUGAAGGAGUGCCUUGGCAGUAUGCUGCAACUUGGUUAAUAUUGAAGUACUCGUGUUGAAUAUGUUUUAUAUUUCAAUCUAAAAUGUGAAGUGUAUUGUGAGUGUUGGCGUGCGUGCCACUAAGAGUCUUAGUCAUGUCAAUGGCUAGGUUUGUCAGUUUAAAAAAAAUGUUUUAUUCUAAAAUGUCUCCUCUCCGACCAGGAUUUGAAACAGUUUUUUUUUGCAAGACUCAACAGCCAUGGGAUGCUGUGUGGUGUUUGAAUACUGUGCCAUGAGUGGUGAUCUGAAUAUAUGGGUAUGGAAUCGUUUUUAAAAAAUACAAAAUAUGCAUUCUUGCAAAUGUGCAAUACACAGAACUCUUACACAAAGUAACUUUAUUUGUUACAGCAGCUAAGCUGCAUUGUUUUAAGCACAAAAAAAAAUGCUGUUGAUGCCUUGUAUAACUUAUAUGUUUAAU